AUGGAGAACAUUCACAGCGCAGCAGCAGCAGGUGGAGGAGAGGCUGAGAUCAGAUCUGAGGUCUCGUCUUUGAAACCUGACAAAGGUUCCUCAGAUGAGGACGUGAGUGGAAACAUGUCAGUGAAGGUUUCUGAUGAACUCAUCAAGAAUCCAUUUCAAAGACAAACUGAGACACUGAUUGAUAGACUUCAGCUUCAAGACAAACUGCAGCAGAAGUUCUCACCAGAGGAUUUUCUUCAGAUCCGUCCACCUGUGACACGGAACUAUGUCACAUCUGAGAAACAUCUGGCUCACAUGUUUCUCCGCAGGCUGAUGAUGUUAGACUGCAGGGACAGAUAUAUUCCUGUAAGACCAGACAGUCCUGAGGGGACAGAGCCAAAGCCCAGGCCGGUGACUGACAUCCCUGAGAAGCAUUACAGUGAUUGGGAGGUUUUUUUGAACACCAGCGUGGACACAGAACAGACUCACCUGCAUCCAAUGGAUGUUCAGAUGGCUGUAUUUCACUGCUCAGACAGCUUCCUUAAACAGAUGAUGGUCACAAAGCUCUCUCAGUGUCAGUACGCUUUACCUUUGCUGGUCCCUGACCCAGUCACAGUGGAGAUUGAGUGUCCUCUGUGGACUUUCAGACAGAUAACAAAAACCUGGACUGUGACUCAGAUCAAAGAUGGCUCACCCAUCGUCACCAUGAAGAGUGUUCCAGUCUGCAAAGCUCAGACACCCUUGGUGUCAUUUUUCCGCCUGGGUUCUCUGUCAGUGUCUAAAUCUCAGCUGAUGAACACUUUGAUCAACGACCGUCACAGCAGCUUCUUCCACAGGAACUGCCCAGGAAGCACCAGGUCUCGCCAUCUGAUGGAUGGUGUGGCAGAGAUAGCCUGGUACUGCCCUGCUGGGAAACCCACUGAUGCCUUCAGCGACUGCAUGGCUUUUUGUAAUCUUCACGGUGAUGCUCUGCAGAUUGAAAAACAGCGUGACAUACUGAUUGAAAAAUCCUCCAUCAACGUUUUCCUUGUUGCAUCCCUGCAAAAACAUGAAGAAAGCAGAUCACUUAUAGCCACCCUCUUUAAGUCUCAUAAACCUCUCAUUUGUCUCAGUGAUGAUGACAGCGGUGAUGCUGUCAGGACAAAAAAGGGAAAAUACAAAAUGGGUCUCAAAGGCAGAAACCAGUCAGAUGUAUCUGAAGAGCUGAAAAAGAUCAUUAGAGAUGUUUUAUCUUCUGUAGAAGUUUCCAGUUUGAAACCAUCCUUCCAGCUUGAAACCUUGGCUGAGCUCUCUGGAGUCAGAGUGGAUGAAAGUGACCCAGCCUGUCAGAGAGGCAGAUCUGCUGCUCUGGAAAUAAUGCAGCUGAUUACAAAGGAUAACCUGGAUAUCUCAAAGAUCAAAGAGGAAUUCCUCCCUUAUCAAAACCAUCUGUGGCAUCAGUGGAUCAAAAUACACAAAGAACUGAAUCAUCUCAGAGGAAACAGUGAAAAGGAGAAAAGUAAAAAGCAGCAGAAACUGAUGGACAUGCGUCAGAAACAACGUGCUGCUUCCUGCAGUAAACUGAUGGAGCUGUUCAUCAACAGCCUCUCAGCACUGCCACCAACAGACAGAGAAGAACGCUUCUUCUGUGAAAUGGGACACAUCUAUGAAGCCCACAGAACAACAGACAGAGAGAGCAGAGAUGCUGACUGGUGUAAAUACGCUGAGCUGGCUGCACAGCUGAUGAUAUCAGGACACCCAGUGGAGCUGAUGGACGGGGAUGCAGGUCACCUGCCUUUCACAUGGAUCUCCAGCCUCUUAGAGGAAGUCAUCCAGAAACUGGGGGACCAGAGAGUUUUUGUGUUGUCAGUGUUGGGCCUCCAGAGCAGUGGGAAAGCAUCACUGCUGAGCUCCAUGUUUGGACUGCAGUCUGCAGUGGGUGCUGGCAGGAGUACCAAGGGUGCCUUCAUGCAGCUGCUCAAAGUAUCAGAGGAGAUGAAGACAGACUUUGACUAUGUUUUAGUGGUGGACACUGAAGGUCUGCAGGCUCCUGAGCUGGACGGUAACACCACUCGUUACCGUGACAAGGAACUGGCGACAUUUGUCGUUGGUCUGGGAAACGUGACACUGAUCAGCAUCUUUGGAGAUGAUCUGUUGAAGAUCCAAGACGUUCUGCAGAUUGUUGUUCAGGCUUUGAUGAGGAUGAAGAAAGUUCAGCUUUCUCCCAGAUGUGUGUUUGUUCAGGAUGUUCCAGAUGUUGCAGCAGCAGAGAAGAACGUGGACAGAAAGAGACGCCUGCAGGAACAUCUGGACCAGAUGACCAAACUAGCAGCUGAAGAGGAGCUUUGUGAUGCUGAGCACUUCAGUGAUGUCAUUGAAUUUGAUGUUCAGGAAGAUGUGAAAUACUGUGGGCAGCUGUGGGAGGGCAGUCCACCCAUGGCUGCUCCUAAUCCAGCUUACAGUGAGAGCCUCCAAGAAGUGAAGAACACCAUCCUCUCUAAAGCUUCAAAGUCUGCUGGGAUCACUCUCUCACAGCUCAGAAACAAAAUUCAGGACCUGUGGAACGCCCUCCUCGGUGAAAACUUUGUUUUCAGUUUCAAGAACACACCUGAAGUUGUAGUGUACAGAAAACUGGAGGUUCUGGCCAUUAAGCAGACCUCAGACCUGAGGAGUAACAUGAAGACCACUGAAGACCAGCUUCUUAGCACAACUGAGAAUGGAACGCUCUCCGAGGCAGCGCAUGGAGAAGCCAGAGGAUUCAUUGAAUCAGAAGAAAUUCCUGGAGUUAGAGAAGCCCUGCAGAACAAAGACCCUGCUGCAGUAGCUGCAAAGAUUCAACAACAUUUAGAAAAACAAGAUAAUAUUCCACUAAAUAUCGCCAUCACAGGAGAAUCUGGUUCUGGUAAAUCCAGCUUUGUUAAUGCUUUCAGAGGUAUGAGUGAUGAUGAUGAGGGAGCUGCUCCUACUGGUGUGAAACAAACCACCUCAGAGGUCACACCGUACCCCCAUCCCAACUAUUCCAGUGUUACUUUGUGGGAUCUUCCUGGUAUCGGCACCACCAAGUUUCCAGCUGAUAAGUACCUGGAGCUUGUUGGAUUUGAGACGUUUGACUUCUUCAUCAUCAUCUCAGACACUCGCUUCAGAGAAAAUGACGUGAAACUCGCUCAGGAGAUUCAGAGGAUGAAGAAAAAGUUCUACUUUGUUCGCUCAAAGAUUGACAACGAUAUAAAUGCUGAGAGGAGAAAGAGAGACUUCAGUGCAGAGAGGACUCUCAAAGUAAUCAGAGACGACUGCGUUCACAGUCUACAAGGCAUCGAGUCUCCACGGGUCUUCCUGGUGUCGAGUUUUAAGCAGCACUGGUGUGAUUUCUUUCUUUUACAAGAGACCUUAGAGAGAGAACUUCCUAUGAAGAAGAGAGAUGCUCUGCUGUUUGUCAUGCCCAACUUCAACCCAGAGAUCAUCAUCAAGAGGAAAAAAGCUUUUCAGUCCAAAUUAAAAUACUACGCUAUUGGAUCUGCAGCUGGAGCACAUGAUCAAGUUCCUGGUCUUUCUAUUGCUGUUGAUGCUGCUUUGCUGGUUGAUGCUGUCACACAUUAUGUUCAUGCGUUUGGUCUCGAUAUCCCGUCUCUGAAGAGACUUUCUCAUAGAACAGGUGUGCCAUACACUGAUCUACGUGCCAUCAUCAUUUCACCACUGGCUGCAGCAGAAAUAACUACAGAGCUCCUCCUGAAGGUGAUGAGCCAACUUGGUUGUGUAGCUACAUUAAUUGCAGCAGAGGAAGCAUCCAGAUUUAUUCCAUUCAUUGGAAUCCCAGCAGCAAUGGUUCACUCUUUCACCACAACUUAUAAAGUUCUGAAUGUUAUCCUCAAUCAGCUUGCUGAAGAUGCUCACAGAGUGUUUGAAAAAGCUCUGGAGCUAUAAAAA